AAUCUAUGAAUUGUACGUUCAGUUCGGUUCAGUGGGUUCAGUUGUAAAAAAAAUGGUUAAAAGUGACUAAGGAAAAUGUGUUAAUUAUACCUUGAUAAUCAGUAAUUAAAAAUGGAAUUUUGCAAUACAAAGUAUGUAGACAUUUUGGAGAACAGGCGAAAAGAAUGGAGCAACUUAUCGUUUAUGUAUCGAGAAAUCAGCCCUGUGCUAUCCUACAGACAUCACAGUAUUACAAGUCCAGAAAAACAUAAAGAAAAUGUCCUUAACAGUUCUAAAAUUCAAGAACUGAUUAAGAAGGUAUACCAAGAGAGUAAUGUAUCUGAAAUUAAAUUAGAAAAGGAUAUUGGAUUUAUUUUAGAUGAAAUUGGUUUUGAAAAGGAAUUAACAGUAGUUAGAUGGCUAGGAUGGACUUUACUUAAACUAUACCUAAAAGGUCUGCAGGGAAUUCUUGUCAAUGAGUGUCUGGUUUUUAAUUUGAGAUCUAUUAUGGGAAAUUGUCCAGUUAUAUUUGUACCAUCUCACAGAAGCUAUGUUGAUUUUACAGUCAUGUCAUAUUUGUGUUUCCAUUACGAUAUUGAAUUGCCUGCAAUUGCUGCAGGAAUAGAUUUCAAAGGUAUGGCAAUAUUUGGCAAACUUUUGCGACAAGUGGGAGCAUUUUAUAUGAGAAGGUCUUUCCGUGACACAGACUUUUUAUAUUGGCAAAUAUUUCAACAGUAUAUUGAAGAUAUCAUGACAAAGGGACAUCAACCUAUUGAAUUCUUUAUUGAGGGUACCAGAAGUCGUACUGGGAAAAGUCUUUAUCCAAAACUGGGUUUAUUGUCCAUGUUGUUAAAACCUUACUUUACUUCAGAAGUGCCAGAUAUUCUUUUUGUGCCAGUAAAUUUAAGUUAUGAUCGAGUAUUAGAGGAAAGACUGUUUGCAUUUGAACUUCUAGGUGUUCCAAAGCCUAAGGAGUCAACCAAAGGAUUUUUCCGGUCUUUACGUUAUCUCCAUCAGGACUAUGGAAACGUUUACGUUACAUUUUGCAGUCCCAUUUCAGCAGCUGAUUAUUUUAGUAGCAAAAUAGAUCGAUCUGUUCACAAUUUACAGCCAAAACACGCCAUGGAAUUCACUAAUAAAGAGAAGAAUCUCAUAUCACAAUUCGCCGUCGAAAUCGUUGACAAUCAGCAAAGAAAUUCAACAAUUACAUUUUCUAAUCUUAUUGCUGCUGUUCUAUUAAAUGGCUAUUCAAAUAACAAAACUGUUACAUUAAAUGAGGCAGAAAAAGAUGUGUUAUCACUUAAAUCAAUGUUAAAUGCUCUUGGAGCAAAUAUUUUCUCCAGUAAAUUUGAUGAGGAUUUAAAAAAUGUAUUGGAAAUUCAUAAAAAUCUAUUUUGUUUACAUGAAAGGACUUUGCAACUUGUGAAAAAUCACGAAAAAUUAACUUACACAGCAGCAGAGAGAUUGAAAGGUCACAAUUUUUUAGAGACAACAAUGAACUAUUCUGUGCCAUUUAUUUUAUUGCAAGAGUACGUUAAUCCUCUAAUGUAUUUUUGUAUAAAUCCUUCUUUAAUAGUAUGCAUUUUGAAGAGCAAGCACUUCAUAAUUUCGAAGGCAGAUGUCUUUGGGGAAUUCACUUUUCUGAGGUCUCUUUUUUCGUAUGAAUUUGUCGGCAUAAAAAGAGAACAAUUGGACUUUGAAAAUUGCUGGUGUAAAUUAAAAGAAUUUGAAGUAAUUUCCUACAAUAACAACGUCGAUACUAAUUCCGUAGUGGGUAAAAAUACAAUGCUGAUCAGCUUAUUUGAUAAACUCAUGGAACCUUUUUUUGUAACUUAUUACAUUGUAGCUUCAGUUGUUCAGAAAGAAGACGAAAUUUCAGAGAAAAGUAUUACCGAAGAAAGUCAAGCCCUAUUAGAAGAACUUCUUAAUGAGGACAAAACGUUUAUAAACCCCUAUAUAUUAUCUUUAAAUUCGAUUUCUAAUUGCAUUUUUAGUCUUAGCUCAAUUGGUGUCAUAACGAGAAUUAAAAUAAAAAGUUCUGUAAUUUAUCGUGUCAAUUACCAAAAAUUGGCAGAAUUAUUAAGCCGACUAAGAAAUUACGUGCAACUAAUUUCUUCAACAUCAAUUAAAGAAGAGUCCAAUGAAUUAAAACUUACAUCAAAGUUUUAAAAUAAAUAAUUUUAUUACUUUACCUAGGAUUAUUUUGGGUGCCAUUGUUAUUUUUGUAACUUCUUUAUAUAACUUAUUGUAGUCAUUAUACAUAUUUGUUAUCAGUU